AUGGAUGCAAAAGACUUGGAGAAGACUACAAGUUCUCAAGUAAAAAAUAAUUCUAAGGUGUUUGAAAUUGAUGGGUAUGAUGAGGAAAGACUCAUCACUUCUUGCACAAGAGAUGGGUCAGUUGAUUGUUAUGGAAAACCAGCUAUCAAAGAUAGAACUGGUGGAUGGAGAAGUGCCAUAUUGUUAUUAGUGAAUCAAGGACUAGUUGCAUUGGCUUUUACUGGAGUUGAAGUAAAUUUGGUUCUCUUCGCAAAGUUAAUUUUGAGACAGACUAAUGCUGAGGCAGCAAACACAUUUACCAUAUGGAUGGGCACAACCUAUUUCUUCUCUCUGAUUGGGGCUUUUCUUAGUGAUUCAUAUUUGGGAAGAUACCUCACUUGCAUAAUAUUUCAAGUGGUAUUCAUCAUUGGGUUGGUGUUAUUAUCCUUGUCAAGCCAUUUCUCUUUACUUAGAACUCACGAUUGUGGCAAAAUAGGAUUGCUAUGUGAACCCCAAAUGCCAAUUCAAAUGGCAAUAAUUUACAUAUCAAUAUAUCUAAUUGCUAUAGGAAAUGGAGCUGCUGACCCUGCUUUAGCAACAUUUGGUGCAGAUCAAUUUGAUGAGGAAGAACCUGAAGAACAACCUUCUAAAGCUUCAUUUUACAGCAACUUUUAUGUGGCAUUGAACUUGGGAUCUUUAGUGGCUGAGACAGUACUGGCUUACAUAGAAACUGCAGGAAAUUGGGAACUGGGGUUUUGGAUAUGUGCUGGCAGUGCUAGUGUUUCCUUUCUUCUUUUGUUGAGUGGAACACACAGAUAUAGGCACUUUAAGCCUUUUGGAAAUCCUAUUUCAAGGUUUGCACAAGUAUUAGUGUCCUCUUUGAGGAAAAUGAAACUUCAAAUACCCACAAAUGGAGAAGGCCUCUAUGAUUUUCAAGAAGGGGGUGAUAACAGUGUUAGGAGAAUACACCACACAAAUGGCCUCGGGUUUCUGGAUCGAGCUGCUAUUGUUUCUAUUGAGGAAAAGAACACAUUGUUAGGCAAAGGCCAAAAACCAAACCCGUGGCAUCUUUGCACUGUGACACAAGUUGAAGAAGUGAAAUGUGUUUUGAGAUUGAUGCCAGUAUGGUUUUGCACCAUCUUCUCCUCAGUUAUCUUCAUACAGAUGCUUUCUCUAUUCGUUGAGCAGGGUGCUACAAUGGACAGAACUUUUUUCAAGUUUCAAAUCCCUCCUGCCAGCAUGACCGCAUUUGAUAUCAUAAGCACAUCUGCAUUUAUUCUCUUAUUUGAUAUUCUCAUUGUUCCAUUAUAUGUGAAAGUGAUGAAAAAAAAUCCAAAACCUCCUACUGAGCUAAGAAGAAUUGGAAUUGGGCUAGCCAUUGCAAUAAUAGCCUUGACAGUUGCUGGCUUUGUGGAGAGAAAAAGACUUAAACUUGCUAGCCACAAUGGUGAAGAGACAAGCUCUUUGAGUAUCUUUUGGCAGAUACCACAGUAUGUGCUUGUAGGAGUAGCAGAAGCUUUUGUAUAUGUGGCACAGAUGAAUUUUUUUACAUCACAGAUACCUGAUGGAUUAAAAAGCUUGGGAAUGGGGUUGUCCAUGUCUUCAUCUGCACUUGGUAGUUAUGUUGCCAACAUUAUUUUGACAGUGGUCAUGAAAAUCACAUCAAGUCAUGGACGUCCUGGAUGGGUUUCACCUAAUCUAAAUGAUGGUCACUUAGAUAGGUUUUUCUUCUUGUCUGCUUUUUUAACAGCCAUUGACUUGAUAUUAUUUAUUGUAUGUGCCAAAAGGUACAAGGGUAUAGCAUUGGAGAAAAGAGAAGAGACAAACAAAGAGGAAGUUGUAAUUUGA